GUCCGACAGGCCGCUUGGCCCCAGAACUCGUACAACCAACUGAUUCAUUAGCGUUGCUAGAGAUCAUCAUUCUUUUUGCCUAGCACUGGUGCCCCGCCUGUUACCUCUUAGUUGUCUUCAACAACACUGCGAAGAACAGCCCAGACCGGGCGGCGGCCUUUCUUUAGUGGCCGAUCUUACUUUCUUACAGGUUGGUUAAAUCGAAAAGGGCACCAUGGAUGAGAACCAAGCCGUCCAGUAUUUGGAAUCCUUGAUUGGCCAAACAUUACGAGUCCACGCGACAGACACGCGCAUUUUCGUGGGCGCUUUCAAGUGUACAGAUUCAGCGCGAAAUAUUAUCCUCGCGAGCACGUACGAAUAUCGCUUCCCUGGCCCAUCGGCAGUUCGAGAUGCUGCCACUGACGCAGAGAAUCAAGACCCCGCGAUUGGCGCAGCAUCCCAGAAUGUCCAAGUGAAUAUGACAAGUCGAUUUAUUGGUCUUGUGGUCGUCCCCGGCCAGCAUAUCACGAAGAUCGAGUUGGAGGAGACCCCUCAGCAAAGUCGCGUGCGGGAAACGCUCAAAAAAUCAUAGAAGGCAACUCUCCACUACAGGCCGUUGAUUCCAUAUGCAUGUUGGACUAGACCCUAAGCUCAAGCCUCCCUUCAGUUCCGAUUCGGCCGGCAUGGCACAUUAAUAUCGAAUAAUAAUGAAGGAAAACACCUGGAAAACAAGCGGUCAACUGCGCUACUAAUGCAAGUCUGGCAACAUCGGCCUGCGAAUCCUACUUGACAAUUUUGGCUGGGAAAUUUUUUCCCUUUACCGCGCCCUUAUAUCGCCAAAGGCUGAACUUAAGAUAUACGACCUAACACCCUCCACAACCUGGCUAGGAGAAAAAGGAGAAAUAUUCUUGGUGCUUGGCGCAGUCUGUGGGCUUGGCAGCGGUGGUCACUGUAGUGUUUGUGGUGAGCGGUGUUUGGGUAUUGAAGUGGCGGUGUUCCUGCAGUCGGUGGGGUCCAGAGCCCUAGUACUGCAAAGACUUGGUUGUUUUCUUCCGUUGAUUGCUCAAAGGCUAUCUCGCAGAGCUCCUUGGUAGAUACACUAGGGCUGCGAUCCAAAAAAAAAAAAAAAAAAAAAA